AGGGAAGAGCUGCCGCUGGGUGAGGUCUGCUGCUGAAGCGGAGUAAAUAAUGGAGAUAAGCAGUAAAGUUGAGGCAGAAAAGGCAGAGUCUUCAUCGAGUUAGCACCGCUGUACAUCCUGCUUUCAUCCCGGACUAACACACUCUAUCCCGGGGCUUCUCCUUCAGCUCCCCGGUGCUGCGGUGCAUCUCCCGUUUAGCUCACCAUGGACUGUUAGCUGCUAACCAAAGUCGCUAACGCUACUUGCCAACGCAGUGCACCUGUCACCUGCUUCUUUGUCUCAUCGUGUCGGCGGCUUCACCUCCUAUUGUCUGUCAAUCCACUCAACUAGUCAACACAACAUAAACGUCGGCUGCUCAUCCAGAAGGCGACUGUAACCGAGAACAAGCGGUGCUGCCACGGCUCGUCAGACAAAGAAGAUGGACCAACUUGAACUCCCUGCGGUCAGAGAUGUAUGAUAUGAACUCUGCAUGCGUCCCGUUGGAUUGUUACAAACCCAAAUAAUCAGCUCGUUCCGAAAUUUAAAAAUGGCGUCCUCCAAAGCAAAGGUUCCAGUCAACACUGAGACCAACUCCCUGAAGGAAAGCAGAAGCAACGCUAGCUGUUCAGGUGGAGAAGCAUCACCAAAUAACCGGAUAUAUUGCCUUGAUGACCUGGAGACCAUUGCCACAGUUGGCACGGGGACUUUUGGCCGAGUCUUCCUGGUCAAGGACAAGAAGAGCAGGGCCUUCUACGCCCUAAAGCAGAUGAAGAUCCCGGACGUGAUCCGACUGAAGCAAGAGCAGCACGUCCACAACGAGAAGGAGGUGCUGGCAGAGGUCAACCACCCUUUCCUCAUCCGACUGUUCUGGACCCACCACGACGAGCGCUUCCUCUACAUGCUGAUGGAUUACGUGGCAGGUGGCGAGCUGUUCAGCUACCUGCGCAGCCGCGGGCGCUUCAGCAACGCCACUGGCCUCUUCUAUACCUCCGAGAUCGUCUGCGCCAUCGAGUACCUCCACUCCAAAGAAAUCGUGUACCGUGACCUGAAGCCCGAGAACAUCCUGCUGGACAGUGAAGGACACAUCCGCCUGACCGACUUCGGCUUCGCUAAGAAGCUCUCUGACAGGACGUGGACUCUGUGCGGCACUCCCGAGUACCUGGCUCCUGAAGUCAUCCAAAGCAAAGGUCACGGUCGAGCGGUGGACUGGUGGGCUCUGGGCAUCCUAGUCUUUGAGAUGCUUGCUGGGUACCCGCCGUUCUUUGAUGACAAUCCAUUUGGAAUCUAUCAGAAGAUUCUGGCCGGAAAACUGGAAUUCCCACGCCAUCUGGAUUUCUACGUCAAAGACCUCAUCAAGAAAUUUCUGGUCAUUGACCGAGCCAGACGGCUAGGCAACAUGAAGAACGGAGCAGACGAUGUGAAGAAGCAUCGAUGGUUUAAGACAGUCGACUGGGAGGCGGUUCCUCUGAGGAAACUCAAGCCUCCCAUACUUCCUAAAGUUUCCCAUGAAGGCGACACCUCUAACUUUGAUGUUUAUCCAGAGGAUGACUGGAAGAAAGACCCUCCUGUGCCUCAGAAGGACUUAGAGAUCUUCAAGAACUUCUGAUCACUGAGCCCGGCUUAUUUAUUGAUGGAAUAUCCUGAGAUUUGACACAACAUAUUGUAAAGUUCCUGUCACAGGUACGAUCAUGGAGAAAAAGCUUAUUUAUCAAAGCCGGGAGUGUCAUUGUGGCCUCCCUGAAGACAGCCUCCAAAUGAUCGAUGCUGUGACAUGUAUCACACCACAGAGAUGAGUUGCUUUUUAUAUUUUUAUUUAUCUGACUAAAGUCAAACCUUUUUGCUGUUUUCAUUUUUUUUAUCAGUUUUUUCUCUGAGCCUGCUCAUAUGCAAAAAAAAAGUGGUUCGUUUGAAACCAAAAGACUGUUACUUUCUAGGUUUUAAAAGAAAAAAAUAAUCAGGUCUUUUUUUAUAUUAUCAUGUUUUAUAUUUUACCUCUUUUUAAAAAUGUUUAUGUAGUUAUACUUAAUGUGACUCCAGACUGGUGCUGUAACUGUCAGCUGGCCAGUAGUCAUUACUGUGCGGUUUUAAACUUAUUAUAUCGUAUGUAAUCAUGAGUCAGCCACUUUAUUUCAAAAUGCGUAGCACUUGUAAAAAGGUGCCUUACAUCACAGUUUGAUGGGCAUGAUGUCUCAUAAUUACAGAAAGGUCACUUGAAAUAAUGCUUGUGUCAGCUGUCAGCGCUCCGUGCAGUAACGAUAGGACUCUCAGAACAUGUGAGAAUGGGCUGCCAUGUGUCCCACUGUAAAGUUUCCUUCUCCCAGCUCCCUGUUGAUGGUUUAUUCACAGCCAAAUGACUUUGUUAUUACCCAACAGUCGCGGACUUUCCCAUGGCACUUUGUGCUCAUUCACUACACUUAUCAUUAUUAUCAUUAUCAUUGUUGUCAUGCUUUUAAAACCGAGUCAUGUGCGGUAAAAAGGUGCUGGGUUGUGAGGUAUCAAUGUUUAACCUGUCACUCUGUAGAGCUACAUCUAAGUUGACCAGGUCAGUAUUCAUCAGUGGCUCAGUUUAAUGUGCACAAGGCUUUAGUUAGUAUUUUGGGACAACACUGGCCUUUAAAAUGAACUCCGUGUGAUUUUGUUCGCUACCAUUAAAAUCCAAGUGAUGAUGUGG